AUGGAACAACCGAACGAAGAAACAGUUAUAGCGACGGCGGCGAUGAAUCAAGAAGAAGACGACGAGUACGAUUCUAAGGAAAAAGUUCUCAAAAAGCACUUCCUUCAAGAAUGGAACCUCGUCAAAGCAUUCAUCGACGACACCGUUUCCAAUUCUCGCGUCUCCGAUCCUUCAUUCGUUCACAAAUUCAGAUCCAUUAUGGAUAAGUAUCAAGAGCAAGGUCAACUUCUAGAGCCUUACCUAGAAAGCAUAGUUCCGCCAUUGAUGAACAUUAUUCGUUCACGAACAAUCGAACUCGGUGUAGCUUCCGACGAAAUUCUGGAAAUAGUUAAUCCAAUAUGCAUAGUUGUGUAUUCACUAGUCCAUGUUUGUGGAUACAAAUCAGUGAUUAGAUUUUUUCCUCAUCAAGUUUCGGACCUCGAACUUGCGGUGUCUCUGCUUGAAAAGUGUCAUUUCAGGAAUUCAGUUUCCUCGCUGAGAGAGGAAAGCACGGGAGAAAAUGAAGCGAAAUGCGUGAUGUUGCUGUGGCUUUAUAUACUUGUGCUGGUUCCUUUUGAUAUAUCUAGUGUUGAUACUAGCAUUGCAAGCAGUGAUAAUGUAGGGGAGUUUGAGCUUGUACCUCUUGCGUUGAGGAUAACAGGGUUUUGCAAGGAUUAUCUCUCGGCUGCCGGGCCUAUGCAUUCUAUGGCUGGAUUAGUACUCUCGAGGCUACUUACUCGUCCAGAUAUGCCAAAAGCAUUUACUAGCUUUGUCGAGUGGACACAUGAGGUCAUGACUUCUGUAACUGCAGAUGUACUCCAGCAUUUCAAAGUACUCGGGACCAUUGAAGCACUGGCUGCUAUUUUCAAGGCAGGCAGUCGGAAUCUCUUGCUUGAUGUAAUUCCUGUCGUUUGGAAUGACACUUCAUUGCUGUACAAGUCCUCAAUUGCGGCUCGAAAUCCAUUGCUCCGCAAGUAUUUGAUGAAGUUAACACAAAGGAUUGGGGUUGCUUCCCUUCCUCAUCGAUUACCCUCAUGGCGUUAUACGGGAAGAACCGCCAAACUAAAUAUUUCUUUGAAUACAUCCAGUAAAGCUAAUCAAUCCGAUUUGGGUGUGAUCGACAAUAACUCCAACUCAAUUGAACUUACAGAUGAGGUAGAAGAUGAAGAUAUGGAUGUUCCAGAAAAUGUUGAAGAGAUCAUUGAGAUGUUGUUAUCUGGUUUGAGGGAUAUGGACACUGUUGUACGUUGGUCUGCAGGGAAAGGUAUUGGUCGCAUAACUUCACUUUUGACAUCUUCCCUUUCCGAGGAGGUUUUAUCCUCUGUUUUGGCGCUGUUUUCAGCUGGUGAGGGUGAAUGUUCAUGGCAUGGAGGCUGCUUAGCUUUGGCUGAACUUGCUCGUAGAGGCUUGCUCUUACCCACUAGUCUUCCCAAAGUUGUUCCCGUUGUUGUGCAGGCACUGCAUUACGAUGUUCGAAGAGGUCCACACAGUGUAGGGUCUAAUGUGCGUGAUGCUGCAGCAUAUGUAUGCUGGGCAUUUGGACGUGCAUAUUAUCACUCAGAUAUGAGGAACAUUUUAGAGGAGCUUGCUCCACACCUCUUAACAGUGGCAUGCUAUGAUCGUGAGGUUAACUGCAGAAGAGCAGCAGCAGCUGCUUUUCAAGAGAAUGUUGGAAGACAAGGGAAUUAUCCGCAUGGCAUUGACAUCGUGAAUACUGCAGAUUAUUUUUCACUUUCUUCUAGAGUUAACUCUUAUCUUCAUGUUGCCAUCUCCAUUGCUCGAUACGAAGGAUAUCUUAUUCCAUUUGUGAGCGACCUGCUGGGCAGAAAAGUUUGUCACUGGGAUAAAAGCUUGCGAGAACUUUCUGCAGAGGCCCUUUCCUUACUUGUAAAAUAUGACCCUCCGUAUUUUGCAAGUGCUGUUAUGGAAAAGCUAGUUCCUUGUACUCUUUCAUCUGAUUUGUGCAUGCGCCAUGGUGCAACGUUGGCAACUGGGGAACUUGUUUUUGCUUUACAUCAAUGCGAUUAUGCUCUUCCUUCAGAUAAACAUAAAACGCUUGCAAAUGUCGUUCCUGCCAUUGAGAAAGCACGUCUUUAUCGUGGAAAGGGGGGAGAAAUAAUGCGCGCAGCUGUUUCUCGGUUUAUUGAAUGCAUCUCUAUAUCUAAAGUGCCAUUACCAGAAAAAAUAAAGAAAAGCUUACUCGAUACUCUAAAUGAGAACUUGAGGCAUCCUAAUUCUCAGAUACAGAAUGCUGCUGUUAAAGGCCUGAAACAUUUUUUCUAUGCAUACUUACUAGAUUCAGAUGAUAAAAGUACUAGUGUUUUGACAGAAAAGUAUCUUCAUAUGCUGACUGAUCCAAAUGUAGUGGUAAGGAGAGGAUCUUCAUUGGCCAUAGGUGUUUUUCCAUAUGAGUUAUUGGCCAAUCAAUGGAGAAAUGUGCUCUUGAAGCUUUGUGGCUGUUGUAAAAUUGAGAAAAAUCCUAAAGAAAGAGAUGCUGAAGCACGGGUAAAUGCUGUCAAAGGGCUGGUAUCAAAUGAGGUGAUGGGGAGUUUAUUUAAAGCUCUUGAUGACUAUUCUGUUGAUAAUAGAGGUGAUGUAGGAUCUUGGGUUCGUGAGGCUGCAUUAGAUGGCCUUGAAAAAUGUACAUAUAUGCUCUGUAAGAUCGACAAGUCAGGUUGCUUGUCUGGAAAAUCAGAUGAUAAUGAAGUUAAAUCCUUAGCGAAUCCUCUGGCUGAUAGUAUGCUUAAUAAAAAUGCGGAGCUUUUAUUAUUCAACGAAAAUCUUGCUACUAAUUUAGUUGGAGGGAUUUGUAAGCAAGCUGUGGAGAAGUUGGAUAAGUUGAGAGCAGCUGCAGCAAGCGUUCUCUACAGAAUUUUGUACAACCAGAUGAUUUAUAUUCCAUAUAUUCCUUUCCGGGAAAAGUUAGAAGAAAUAAUUCCGAAGGAAGCAGAAGCCAAAUGGGCUGUUCCUUCGCACACUUACCCACGCUUCGUACAGCUACUUCAGUUUGGUUGUUAUAGCAGAUAUGUGCUAUCGGGUUUAGUCAUAUCUAUGGGUGAUUUGCUAGAUACUCCGAAUUCUUUGAAGAGGGUAUCACUCUUGGCACUGUUAGAGUAUUUAGAAGGGAUUGAAUCCGAAGACCCUAAUACAAGAACGCUCAGGGAGUAUAUGCUAUCAGUUGAUAUUUUGUGGGUUCUCCAACAAUACAGGAAACACGACAGAGUCAUUGUACCCACUUUAAAGGCCAUUGAGAGUUUGCUCAGCAAGAAGAUAUUCCUUAAUAUGGAGGUCUUGCCAUUUCAGGCUCACACUCCAACUUUUUGUGCUUCUGUUUUGGAUUCUCUGGCAAUAGAACUAAACGGAUCAGUAAACUUCUCCAAGUUGUAUACUGGUAUUGCAAUAUUUGGCUAUAUAGCCUCAGUACCGGAACCAAUCCAUGUGAGGGCCUUUUCUAAGCUUGUUACUUUUCUUGGCCAUCCUUACCCUAAGAUUCGAAAAGCCUCAGCUGAACAAGUCUACCUUGUCCUCCUGCAAAAUGGGAAUCUUGUGGCUGAAGACAAGAUUGAGAAAGCACUUGAAAUUAUUUCUGAGACUUGCUGGGAUGAUGACAUGGAUAUAACAAAACAUCAAAGAUUGGAAUUUUUUGUGUUGGUUGGUUUGGAGGUGGGACCAUCUGACAAAAAUAGUGAUGGAACAACGUGGAAAACCAGUACUAAGAAGCCUGAAAACUUGGAUGAAAAUGCAUCAUAUUCCUCUUUAGUUGAGUCAUCUGGGUUCUGA